CAGUGCGGCGCUUGCGUGUCAGAUAUGCCGCCGGCCGGUCGGUUAGGUCGCGGUGUAGGCCUGUGUGGGCGGGGUUCUGGUUGCCACGUUGAGCUGGACGUGGAGGGGAGGUUCUGGGAACUGUAGAGCCGGGUAGGGAAGAGGCCGAAGGGACGUCCCGGAGCGAGACACAUUGGGAGGGAAUUGCCCUGGCAGCCUUGGUGCCCAGGUCUUAUGAACUUUCCUGUGCCAGCUUCUUCCCUGUGAACCGGCUUUGCCAGAAGUCGUCGUGUUGCCUACCUGUGUAAAAGGCUAGUCCUUCCUGGUCUAGAGACAGAAUGAAACUAAAAGAAAUUGACCGUACUGCCAUGCAGGCCUGGAGCCCCCCUCAGCAGCAUCCCAUAUACCUGGCAACAGGCACUUCUGCCCAGCAGCUUGAUGCCACGUUCAGUACAAGCGCAUCUUUAGAGAUUUUUGAACUGGAUUUGGAUGAUCCAUCACUGGAUAUGAAGUCAUGCGCUUCCUUUGAAUCCUCUCAUCGGUACCAUAAACUUAUUUGGGGGCCGCAUACAAUAAACUCGGAAAGCAGCAUUUCGGGUGUUCUCAUUGCCGGAGGCGAGAAUGGAAAUGUCAUUCUUUAUGAUCCGGCCAAGAUUCUGGCAGGUGACAGUAAUGUGGUGAUCGCCCAGCAGGAUAAACAUACUGGACCAGUUAGAGCUUUGGAUGUCAACCCAUUCCAGACCAACCUUUUUGCAUCUGGUGCCAAUGAAUCUGAGAUUUACAUUUGGGAUUGUAAUCAUUUAGCCGUCCCCAUGACGCCUGGAGCUAAAUCGCAGCCUCUGGAGGACAUCAGCUGCAUUGCAUGGAACAGACAGGUUCAACACAUUCUGGCUUCUGCUAGCCCCAGUGGUCGAGCCACAGUAUGGGACCUUCGGAAAAAUGAACCCAUUCUUAAAGUCAGCGACCACAGCAACAGGAUGCAUUGCUCUGGGAUGGCUUGGCAUCCUGAUGUCGCGACACAAAUGGUCUUGUCUUCCGAGGACGAUCGCUUACCUGUAAUACAAAUGUGGGACCUUCGAUUUGCCUCUUCACCAUUACGAGUGAUGGAAAAUCAUGCAAGGGGCAUCUUGGCUAUUGCUUGGAGUUCGGCAGACCCAGAACUGUUACUGAGCUGUGGGAAAGACUCAAAAAUACUCUGCUCCAAUCCAAACACUGGAGAGGUUUUAUAUGAACUGCCUACAAAUACACAGUGGUGCUUUGAUAUCCAGUGGUGUCCGCGGAAUCCCGCUGUGCUUUCUGCAGCAUCUUUUGAUGGACGUAUUAGUGUUUAUUCCAUUAUGGGUGGUGGCAAUGACAAUCUUAAUCAGAAGCAGGUGGAUAAGCUUUCUUCAUCUUUUGGGAACUUGGACCCAUUCGGCACCGGACAACCUCUUCCUCCACUACAGCUCCCUCAGCAGACCACACAGCAGAGCAAUGUUCAGCCCCUGAAAAAACCACCAAAGUGGUUGCGACGACCAGUCGGAGCCUCAUUUUCUUUUGGUGGGAAGCUGGUUACAUUUGGGAAUGAGAAGACUCAACCAGCCCAACAGCAUCCACAGGCUGAACGUUUCCAUGUGUAUGUCAGUCAAGUGGUCACCGAGGAGGAGUUCCUUAACCGCUCUAACAAGCUUCAAGAUGUAGUCAGCACUGGUGCUUUCCUUGAGUACUGCCAGAAAAAAAUUGAUGAUGCAAAGAAUGACUUUGAGAAAAAUGUCUGGUCAUUCCUAAAGGUAAAUUUUGAAGAUGAUUCUCGGGGCAAGUAUCUAGAGCUUCUAGGAUUCAGAAAGGAAGAUCUUGGAGCAAAGAUUGCAUCCGUUUUGACCCAUGUGGAUGGAACAGAUCCGACUGUCACAGAAACUGACCAUGCUGUAGAGAAUGAGGAGGAGGAAAGUGACCCGACAGAGGAGCUGAUCUUGGGGGAGAAAGUGAACCUACAGAAUGAAGAAGGGGGUGACACUGUCCCGUCAGGUGAAACGUUUAAUAUAUCAGUGAGCGGAGAUGUUGAUGGACUUAUCACCCAAGCUUUGCUGACUGGUAACUUUGAAAGUGCAGUUGACCUUUGUUUGCAUGAUAAUCGUAUGGCUGAUGCAAUCAUUUUGGCCAUUGCUGGAGGACCUGACUUAUUGUCCAGAACGCAAACAAAAUACUUUGCAAAAUCACAAAGCAAAAUAACAAGGCUGAUUACGGCUGUUGUUACCAAGAACUGGACGGAUAUUGUGGAGUCGUGCGAUCUAAAGAAUUGGAGAGAGGCGCUAGCUGCCGUGCUGACCUAUGCAAGACCUGAAGAAUUUGCUUCUCUGUGUGACCUAUUGGGCUCCAGACUUGAAAAGGAGGGUGAUCCAUCUCUUCAGGCACAAUCCUGUCUAUGCUACAUCUGUGCAGGGAAUGUGGAGAAGCUGGUGGCCUGCUGGACCAAAGCUCAGGAUGGAGUCAGCCCACUGUCACUUCAGGAUCUUAUAGAAAAAGUGGUUAUCCUUCGUAAAGCUGUGCAAGUCACACAAGCUGUGGACACUCAAGAUGUAGGUGUCCUCCUGGCGGAUAAGAUGAGUCAGUAUGCCAUCUUACUGGCAACUCAGGGAAGCCUUGCAGCUGCUAUGGCAUUUUUGCCCAACAAUACCAACCAACUGAACAUUGUGCAGUUGCGGGAGAGACUGACACGCGCACAAGGAGAGAGCGGCCCUAGCACUAUGGCACCCCAAGCAACACCAGUGGUUCCACAGCGCAUGCCAACACACGUGAAACCUACACAAGACAACCAGUACUACCCACAGGCUAGAAUUGCCCCUACUGUCACUUCCUGGAGUAACAAAAACCCUACUGCCCUUCCCAGCUUUCCACCCGCUGCCUCCUCUUCCUUUGACACACAGAGGGAAAAUCCGCCACCACCAGGCUUCAACAUCCCUGGCAACUUGUAUCCAUCUCCUCCAGGGCCUUCAGCUCCUCCACCAGAUUCGAACGCUAACCCUUAUCAUAUGAGUGCCCGGCAAACAUACCCACAAACCUAUCAACCUUCUCAACAGUAUUAUGGUUCUGAGGGGCCCGCUGUCUAUCAACCUCAACCAUCGGCCGCCAUUUCCUCCGCCUCUUCCUACCAUAACUCUUCGUAUGCCUCGUCUUCCCACCCUGUUCCUCAGCCUCACUAUCCUGUGCAGCCUUCGCACACUCCCGUGUCAACAUUUGCUCCCGCUUCCUUCCCUCCUCCUGGACCAUCUCUUCAGCAUGCCAGGCCAGGAGCGCCAGCUACCUCUGCUCAUUAUGCAGUACCUCCACCUGGAUCUACAGGUACUCUGCCUGCUGCCAGUGAGCUGCCUGCAUCCCAGAGAACAGAAUUUUCCACUGUUCAAGAUAUGACAACUUUCCAGCAAGGGCCUCAGAAUGGAUGGAAUGACCCCCCUGCGCUCAGUAGAACUUCCAAGAAAAAGGUUCUUGAAAACCGCAUUCCUCCUCCACCAAUCACAGCUCCUAUACUGAACCCGCUGGCAGACCCACGCUCCCAACAGCAGCAAGCUCCAUUGCCCGCAGCUCCUACAACACCAGUACCGUAUCAGCCAACUCACAUGCCAAUUCCACAGCCAGGCGUACACCUUGAUACCUCUAAGCCCAGUACAGAAGGGGCUCCUGGUGCACCGAUUGGCAACACCAUGCAGGCUAUUCACAGUUUGCCUGCUGAAAAGAUCACGAAGAACCCAAUCCCCGAGGAGCACCUAAUCCUGAAAACGACUUUUGAAGCUCUAAUCCAAAGAUGUUUAUCAUCAGCCAUCGACCCUCAAACCAAAAGGAAAUUGGAUGAUGCAAAUAAGAGGCUAGAGUCCCUGUAUGACAAGCUAAGAGAGCAAACGCUUUCUCCUGCAAUAAUUGCAGGUUUACACAGCAUUGCCAGAAGUAUCGAGUCUCGAAACUAUAUGGAAGGGCUCAACAUCCAUACCCACAUAGUGAGCACCAGUAACUUCAGUGAAACCUCUGCCUUCAUGCCAGUUCUCAAGGUAGUGCUUACCCAGGCCAAUAAACUUGGAGUGUGAACUCUUUAUUCAGAGACUUCUCCACCAUUUCCUGAAGAAGAAAGAGAAGCUCCCGCACCUUGUAUGAGAUGAUGGACCAAGAACUAGCGUGUUUUUAAAACUUCCAGAACACAAACGCCCAUGACUCCUGAAUUUGUUUUCAUCUUUAUUAUAUUUUAUCUAGGGAGUUUUUUUUUAUUUUCUUUAAACAAUAUUGUAUUUCAUGAAUUAUCCACAGCGCAUGUCAGAGUCGAGUUUCCAGAAUCAUGCUAUUAAAUAUGUGACCAAGGAUAUUUUUUUUAUUAUAAUGGUUUACAUGUCCAAAAGAUUUGGUUGCCAAAUUGUGUCAUCUAAAAUAAAGUAUGUGAUCCAAAUUGAAAAAA